UUAUAUGAAUUUGGAAGACAUUGAACUUGAUAAUUCUUUAAAUAACACAAAAAAAAUUGCAAGUGAUAUGGAUAUAAUUGAAAAUAAUGUAGUUAUACCAGAACUAUUAGAUACAAAUAGUAAAUAA